AUGGCAGGGAACCCCGCCAUUGCGCCGUGCCCCUCCAAGUUUAUCUCUUCCCAAGUUUUACCCCGCGAUACUUUUCGACCAGACCACACUUCAGCUUCCCAAACCCGGCACUCACAGCUCCGUUCUCAUCCGUCUUCCCAUCUCAUUCUUGACAUUUUUGUGCCUCCAUCUACCUUAGCAGCUAACAUGUCGUCCUCCAUCAUCGAAACCAUACCCAUCGAUCACGUGCCUGCCGAUCACGUCGUUCACGUCGCUUUCGUCAAGGAGAUCGAGAAUGCUGCCUUUUUGCACCAACAGCUCCUCGACCGCAACGCAGACUUUGAGUAUGCAUUGAUCGAUGCCUCCGUGGCCGUCUCCCGAACCCAUAUCCUGGCUGCGGCCUUCAAGGCCGUGACCGCAAAGGUUGACGGCAGCCUCAAGACCCCAAACGUCCAUUCCGAACUCGUCGCGUCCCUCAGCUCUGCCAACAAUAUUGCAGAAGCCUACCGUCGCUAUGGUAUUAGCCCGUCGACCAAGGACGUGAUCGUCGUCAAAAUCACCUCCCCGAGCGGCCCGCCCUCUGCCCAAGACGUGGAGCAACAUCUCAAGGAUAACUUCCAAGGUACCCCGACCCCGUUUACGGAUGAAUCCAUUGCGACAUCGACAGAUUGGGCCAAGGUGCGCAAGUACUAUAAGUUGAACGGUCUCGCAUGGCUCGACGCCAUCAAGGACGAAGCGGAGCGCAGAGAACAGCUGGAGACUCUGGUUCUGGGUGCAAUGGCAUUGCGCACGGCAUAA